AUGGUGUUGUGCUCUUGCUCACCUUCAUUGCCAUGCCUCUCACUUGUUGCGUACUUGUGCUGUGCUUCAUUGCCGCCAGUGCUUGCGGGCACAGGGCCAUGCGGGCCCAAAGCUAAGUGGCAGACCCUGGUGCUCCUCAGAAAGCAGAGGCAACAUUGUGCGCGGUCCUGCUUCUGCUGCCAACAAUGGCAGAACAAGGAGAUCAUGCUGCUCACCACCCAACUGACCUCCCUCAACCUCCCUUGCCAUGUCCGCGUGCUGAACAAGACGCUGGGCAUUGCCAGCAUUGAGGAGACUGAGACGUUGUCAGGCAAGCGCAGCAAGGCAAGCGCUGUCAAGGACUUGCCUGGCAAUGACAAGACGUUGUUGGGCAAGCGCAGCAAGGCAAGCACCAUCAAGGACUUCCCUGGCAUUGAAAAGACAUUGUCGGGCAGAGCAGUUUUGCCUCUGGCGCCGCAGCCUCCUUGA